GAUUACUUUGCUCAGGCAGCAAGCGGAUAGCUGCGAGCCCCUUCCCCUUCUUUGCACGCCCUGGUUUGGGCCAGGAAAGGCAAAAAAAAAAGCAGCGAGGUUUCAAAGUGCCUCCUUUUCCCCUGCCUGCAGGAAGGGAAUCGCUGGGACCUCAGCGUGGGCUUAGUACAGCGGGAAGGGUAACGAGCAGCGACCGUCCAAAACGCUCCAGUCAGGGGCUGGUGAUGGCUUUCUCCGAGAACGGUUCUCCUCCAGGGAUGCCUGCAGCCAGAGAAGACAAGGGGUGUUUUCCUGGGGAUGGGAAGGAGGGACCAGUGUUUUGCUAAUCCCUGGGAUAUUUUAUUUCCAGUUGCUGACACGACGGCACAUUGCCCGCUGUGGGACAGCAUGGUGCGGCGCGUAGCGGUUAUCGGGGCCGGGGUCGGCGGGUUGGCCUCCAUCAAGUGCUGUCUGGACGAGGGGCUGGAGCCCACCUGCUUCGAGAGGAGCGAGGACAUUGGGGGGAUCUGGCGCUACACGGACUCCACAGAUGGUGGGAGGAUCAGUGUGUACCGCUCAGUCAUCACCAACACCUCCAAGGAGAUGUCCUGCUUCAGCGACUUUCCCUGCCCAGAGGAUUUUCCCAGUUUCCUACCCCACAGCCUCCUCCUGGAGUACUUUCGGAUGUACGCCCGGCACUUUGACCUCCUGCGGCACAUACGCUUCAAGACAACCGCUCUCAGCGUGAAGAAGCGCCCGGAUUUCACCACCUCAGGCCAGUGGGAGGUGGUGACCGAGACCGACGGCAUCCAGGAGUCGCAUGUCUUCGAUGCUGUCAUGGUUUGCACCGGCCAUUACCAGGAGCCCCACUUACCAUUGGCUUCUUUCCCAGGUAUUGAGACCCGCUUCAAAGGCCAGUACCUCCACAGCCAGGAGUACAAAGACGUGGAGGCUUUCCGGGGAAAGAGGGUCCUCGUGGUUGGCAUCGGCAACACCGGCGGCGACCUCUCUGUGGAGCUGAGCCGUGUGGCUGCGAAGGUGUUCCUCAGUGCCAGGAGGAGCACGUGGGUGUUCAGCCGGGUCUCAGACCACGGCUUCCCCUUCGACAUGGUCAACACCACCCGCUUCAACCACUUUCUCGACUGGCUUCUCCCAUCAGCCCUCAUGAAGAGAAUCAGGUUUCGGAAGUUCAAUUCGUGGUUUAACCAUGCGAACUAUGGCUUGGCUUCCACCAAAAGCUCCAACUUUAAGGUAAUUAUCAAUGAAGAGCUGCCAUUCUGCCUCCUCUCUGGGACCAUUGUGUUGAAGCCAACUGUGAAGGAGUUCACCGAAAGCUCUGCUGUUUUUGAAGACGGGACAACCGAAGAAAACAUCGACGUGGUGCUUUUUGCCACGGGUUACAUCUUCUCGUUUCCCUUCCUCGAAGAGUCGGUUCGCAGCCUCUUUGAUGAUAACCGUUCCCUCUAUAAACGCAUCUUCCCUCCCCAGCUGGAAAAGCCAACGCUGGCCAUCAUCGGCUUAGUCCAGCUGACCGGCUCUGUGAUGGUGGGAGCAGAAAUGCAGGCUCGCUGGGUGACAGGGAUCUUUGCAGGCUGGAACAAGCUCCCUCCCACCAGCAGGAUGAUGGCUGACGUUUUGAAGAAGAAGCCGCCGGUCAAAAGGAAUCCAUCCGAGAGGGAGAACUUGAAGAUAAGUUUUAUCAGCUAUACCGAUGAAAUUGCUUCAUGUGCCAGCGUAAAGCCUAGCGUGCUGAGGCUGCUCCUGACGGACCCCCGCCUGGCCCUGGCCGUCUUCUUUGGCCCCUGCACACCCUACCAGUACCGACUGGUGGGACGGGGGAAGUGGAGCGGGGCCAGGGAUGCCAUCCUGACUCAGUGGCAGCGGACGCUGAAGCCCUUGAGAACUCGGGUGGUGGAUGACUCCUCUGACGGCUCCGACGGCUGGCGCUGGAUGUGCCUCCUGGCCGUGCCGGUGGCUCUCGCAGCUGGUUUCCUCCUUUCUAAGUACCCCCAGCUAGGCUGGAGACCCCGGGCGGGUCCCCAGCUGUAGAAGAAACCUGGUGAGACCCGGUCCCGAGCGAGCUGGAGAUGACACAAAGCUGUGCCGCCGGGUGCCGUCAGCGGGGCUGGACCUGGCUCAGCACCAGCAGGAGCCCAGACCCCAGCACUGUCUGGUGUCCAGCCUCCUCCUGCUGAUGUUUCACACCCACCAAGGUGGGUACAGAGCGCUUACCCCAAACCUGCCGCAAUCCAUGUCUGCGUUGCACCAGCGCCAGGCUGGAUCUCCAGACAGUUUUUGGGAAGAGCCAUUCCGGGACUGGCUGGGGCCAGCCUUCCUCCCCCCUGCUCACCCAGAGCUUCCUCCAUACGAUUUCAGCAAGACCCACAACCCCUUGAGAUUUUCUGGAAUACUAACUGUAGAGAUCUCUGUAUUUGUUCGAUAACUGGAUGAGAAGUAGGGAGCCACAAAUAAACCUCA